UUCCCCCACCCCUUCUUGUAAUAGAGCCGAAGCGCAGUGAUGCCCUCACAUCCCGCCCCUCUGCUUCCUAGGUCCUAACUCCGCGCUUUUCCUCCGCUGACCAGGUGACCUUUGGGCUCUGAGCCGGAUCAGAGAAGAACUUGGUAUCUGCGGGGAACGAUGCCCGAGCAAGAGAGACAGAUCACAACUAGAGAAGGGACCAGUCCGAAAAUCAUAUCUAAACUUUCCUUGCCUACUCGUGCCUGGGAAUCAGCCAUGAAGCAGAGUUUCGCCUUUGACAAUGUUGGCUACGAAGGCAGUCUGGAUGGCCUGUGCCCUUCUUCUCAGAUGACCAUCAGCACGAUCAGGAUUUUGGGCAUGACUUGCCAGUCAUGUGUAAAGUCUAUUGAGGGUGUGAUAUCUGGUUUGAAAGGCAUUGUGAACAUUAAGGUCUCCCUGGAACAAGGCAGAGCAACUGUGAAAUAUGUGCCAUCGGUCGUGAGCCUGCAACAGGUUUGUCAUCAAAUUGGGGACAUGGGCUUCGAGGCCAGCAUUGCAGGAGGAAAGCCUGCUUCCUGGCCCUCAAGGUCUUUGCCCACCCAGGAGGCUGUGGUCAAGCUCCGGGUGGAGGGCAUGACCUGCCAGUCCUGUGUCAGCUCUAUCGAAGGUACGAUCCGGAAACUGCAAGGAGUAGUGAGAGCCAAAGUCUCACUCGGCAACCAAGAGGCUGUCAUUACUUACCAGCCUUAUCUUAUUCAACCUGAAGACCUCAGGGACCAUGUGACUGACAUGGGAUUUGAAGCUGCCAUCAAGAACAAAAUGGCUCCCCGAAGCCUAGGACCAAUCGAUAUUGGGCGAUUACAAAGCACUAACCCAAAGAGACUUUCAGCUUCUGCUAACCAGAAUUUCAAUAAUUCUGAGACUUUGGGGCACCAAGGAAGCCAGGUGGUCACCCUCCAGCUGAGAGUAGAAGGAAUGCACUGUAUGUCUUGUGUCUUGAAUAUUGAAGAAAAUAUAGGCCAACUCCCAGGAGUUCAAAACAUUCAAGUGUCCCUGGAGAACAAAACUGCCCAAGUACAGUAUGACCCUUCCUGUACCAAUCCAGUGUCUCUCCAGAGGGCCAUUGAGGCGCUUCCUCCUGGGAACUUUAAAGUUUCUCUUCCUGAUGAAGCAGAAGGAAGUAGGACUGGUCAUGAGUCUUCCAGUUGUCAUACCCCUGCCAGCCUCCAGAGAAACCAGGUGCCGGGCAUGUGCAGUACCACAGUGCUCACCAUUGCUGGCAUGACCUGUGUGUCCUGUGUCCAGUCCAUCGAAGGCUUGAUCUCCUAUCGAGAAGGAGUGCAGCAAAUAACAGUAUCUUUGGCAGAAGGGACUGGAGUGGUUCUUCAUGAUCCCUCUGUAAUUAGCCCAGAAGAACUCAGAGCUGCUGUAGAAGACAUGGGAUUUGAGGUUUCAGUCAUUCCUGAAAACUAUUCUACCAACCCUGCUGGAAACCACAAUGCUGGGAAUUCCAUGGUGCAAACUCCAGGUGGCGUACCUGUGUCUGUGCAGGAAGUGGCUCCCCGUGCAGAAGGACUCCCUUCAAACCACAACGCAGGCCACUCAUCAAAAUCCCUGCCAUCCACUGGAGCAGUGGCACCACAGAAGUGCUUUUUACAGAUCAAAGGCAUGACCUGCGCCUCCUGUGUGUCUAACAUAGAAAGGAAUCUGCAGAAAGAAGCUGGUAUUCUCUCCGUGUUGGUUGCCUUGAUGGCGGGAAAGGCAGAAGUCAAAUAUAGUCCAGAGGUCAUCCAGCCGCUCAGGAUAGCUCAGCUCAUCCAGGACCUGGGCUUUGAGGCAGCAAUCAUGGAGGACUAUGCAGGCUCUCUUGGCGACAUUGAGCUGAUUAUCACGGGGAUGACCUGCGCAUCCUGUGUCCACAACAUAGAGUCCAAGCUCACGAGGACAAAUGGCAUCACCUACACCUCUGUAGCGCUCGCCACCAGCAAAGCCCUUGUUAAGUUUGAUCCAGAAAUUAUUGGUCCAAGGGAUAUUGUCAAAAUUAUUGAGGAAAUUGGCUUUCAUGCUUCCCUGGCCCAGAGAAACCCGAACACUCAUCACUUGGACCACAAGAUGGAAAUAAAGCAGUGGAAGAAGUCUUUCCUUUGCAGCCUGGUGUUUGGCAUUCCUGUUAUGGCUUUAAUGAUCUAUAUGCUAAUAUCCAGCAAUGAGCCCCACGAGUCUAUGGUCCUGGACCACAACAUUAUUCCAGGACUGUCCAUUCUAAAUCUCAUCUUCUUCAUCUUGUGUACCUUUGUCCAGCUCCUCGGUGGUUGGUACUUCUAUGUUCAAGCCUACAAGUCUCUGAGGCACAAGUCAGCCAACAUGGACGUGCUCAUUGUCCUGGCCACAAGCAUUGCCUACGUCUACUCUCUGGUCAUCCUAGUGGUUGCAGUGGCUGAGAAGGCCGAGAGGAGCCCUGUGACAUUCUUUGACACUCCCCCCAUGCUCUUUGUGUUCAUUGCUCUGGGGCGAUGGCUAGAACACAUAGCAAAGAGCAAAACCUCAGAAGCCCUUGCCAAACUCAUGUCUCUCCAAGCCACAGAAGCCACCGUUGUGACCCUUGGUGAGGACAACUUAAUCAUCAGGGAGGAACAAGUACCCAUGGAGCUGGUGCAGCGGGACGAUAUCAUCAAGGUGGUCCCAGGGGGAAAGUUCCCAGUGGAUGGGAAAGUCCUGGAAGGCAAUACCAUGGCUGACGAGUCCCUCAUCACAGGAGAAGCCAUGCCCGUCACUAAGAAACCCGGAAGCACCGUGAUCUCCGGGUCUAUAAAUGCACAUGGCUCUGUGCUCAUCAAAGCCACCCAUGUGGGCAACGACACCACUUUGGCUCAGAUUGUAAAAUUGGUGGAAGAGGCACAGAUGUCAAAGGCACCCAUUCAGCAGCUGGCUGACCGGUUUAGCGGAUAUUUUGUCCCAUUUAUCAUCAUCAUUUCAACUCUGACGUUGGUGGUAUGGAUUGUCAUCGGUUUUAUCGAUUUUGGUGUUGUUCAGAAAUACUUUCCUAACCCCAACAAGCACAUCUCCCAGACAGAGGUGAUCAUCCGCUUUGCAUUCCAGACAUCCAUCACAGUGUUGUGCAUUGCCUGUCCCUGCUCCCUGGGGCUGGCCACACCCACGGCGGUCAUGGUGGGCACAGGGGUGGCUGCACAGAACGGCAUCCUCAUUAAGGGGGGCAAGCCCCUGGAGAUGGCCCACAAGAUAAAGACCGUGAUGUUCGAUAAAACUGGCACCAUUACCCAUGGUGUCCCCAGGGUCAUGAGAGUCCUCCUGCUUGUAGACGUGGCCACACUGACUCUCAGGAAGGUUCUGGCUGUCGUGGGGACUGCAGAGGCCAGCAGCGAACACCCCUUGGGCGUGGCAGUCACCAAAUACUGUAAAGAGGAACUUGGAACAGAGACCCUGGGAUACUGCACAGACUUCCAGGCAGUGCCAGGCUGUGGAAUUGGGUGCAAAGUCAGCAACGUGGAAGGCAUCCUGGCCCACAGUGAACGGGCCGGUCACCUGAACGGGGUUGGCAGCCUUCCUGCGGAAAAAGAUGCAACCUCUCAGACCUUCUCUGUGCUGAUUGGAAACCGUGAGUGGCUGAGGCGCAACGGCUUAAUCAUUUCUAGUGAUGUCAGUGACGCCAUGACAGAUCACGAGAUGAAAGGACAGACUGCCAUCCUGGUGGCUAUUGAUGGCGUGCUCUGCGGGAUGAUUGCCAUCGCAGACGCUGUCAAGCAGGAGGCUGCGCUGGCUGUGCACACACUUCAGAGCAUGGGUGUGGAUGUGGUUCUGAUCACAGGGGACAACCGGAAGACAGCCAGAGCCAUUGCCACCCAGGUUGGCAUCAGCAAGGUCUUUGCAGAAGUGCUGCCUUCUCACAAGGUGGCCAAGGUCCAAGAGCUCCAAAUGAAAGGGAAGAAAGUCGCCAUGGUGGGAGAUGGGAUCAACGACUCCCCAGCCUUGGCCCAGGCAGAUAUGGGCGUUGCCAUUGGCACCGGCACAGAUGUCGCCAUCGAGGCAGCUGACGUGGUCCUCAUCAGAAAUGAUCUGCUUGAUGUGGUGGCUAGCAUUCACCUUUCCAAGAGGACCGUCCGGAGAAUACGCAUCAAUCUGGUCCUGGCACUGAUUUAUAACCUGGUUGGGAUACCCAUUGCAGCAGGUGUUUUCAUGCCCAUUGGUAUUGUGCUGCGGCCGUGGAUGGGCUCGGCAGCCAUGGCAGCCUCCUCCGUGUCAGUGGUGCUCUCAUCUCUACAGCUCAAAUGCUAUAAGAAGCCUGACCUGGAGUGGUACGAGGCACAGGCCCACGGCCGCAUGAAGCCCCUGACUGCAUCCCAGGUCAGUGUGUACAUCGGCAUGGACGACCGGCAGCGGGACUCCCCCAGGGCCACGCCGUGGGACCAGGUCAGCUAUGUCAGCCAGGUGUCUCUGUCCUCCCUGACGUCCGACAGGCCGUCUCGGCACAGUGCUGCAGCAGACGACAGUGGGGACAAGUGGUCCCUGCUCCUGAACGACAGGGACGAGGAGCAGUACAUCUGAGUGCUGCAGGCAGGGGCCACCCAGGGCAGGGCGCCUGCGUCUAUUCCAUGAUUAAGCGGAACAGGCAGCACCAGCAGCUGCAGCGAGAGGAGGCGAGGCUGGCACCGGCUUUGGGGACUUCCAUGCCCUGGACUUUUCCGGUCAUGCACCCUGCAGCACACGACCU